AUGAAGAAAAACUGUGUGAUUGACCUUCCAAAGGCACACAAUAUUGACCCUAUAAGUCUCAGCAAGCGUUAUUCUUCAAGUAAAGCCCACUUUAAUUCUUAUUCUAAUUUAUCUGAAUCUGCUUUCAUACCCGCUGAGAUUCCUCAAGCCAACGAUUCUUAUAUGUCAUUUAAUACAAUUGCAAUCCAAUGUACAGAUGGUAUUAAUGACGCCGAAUUAACACCUAGAUUUCAGAAAAAAGGUCUUUCUAGUGGAAGCAGCCACCAUUUCAACGGGAUCAAGCUAAAAGAAAACAAAUCUUUAAAAUUCACACAAACUAAAUAUUCUCCUAGAAGCCAAAAAAAUGCUUUAUUAAUUUACCGAUGUAAAACUCCGCCUUGCAGGAAUAGACCUGCUUUUAAUUUUGAAAAAUCUAAAACUCCAAGCCCGUCAAUAAACCCAAGCUUGGCGAAAAUUUUUAAUUGUCAAACAAAAUCUUCUUCAAAUGGAAGCUUUAAGCUUUUGGACACUCGCUGAAAUGGCUUGAUCCCACAACGAAAACAAAAGAAAAAAAAUACUUUAUUUAUGGUAAGCUCGCCUAAGGUAAAUAUUGGGCUGAGCUUGGUAAAUAAGCUCGAUAAACUUGUAGAAAAACGAAGAAAAAAUGAGGCACGAGGAACUAGUCUUCAUGGAAGAAUGUCUCCUACUAAUUUGGGAUAUAGAAGUAAAUAUCAAAAAGAUCCUGUAAUUACACGUAACAGCUUAGGGAUUUAUUCAUACGAAGAUACUAUAAAAAAAGAUAAUAAAAAGCAGAUCCGGAUAAUCAGAAAUUAUAAAUAG